GCCCGGCAAUAUUAAAGGAGGAGUUUACGAAUAUGACUGCUGGAAUCGCCUCGUGGUCACUUCCUCCAGACGAAAUUGCAGAUUAUUUUAACGUGAGUUGCUCAGAAGGAUCGGUUGCUCUUCUAGAUGUGAAUGGCACUCACGGAACAGCCAUGUGCCAUGACCUUGUGCCAGGCUCAACAGUCAACAUUACUGUUAUUUCUGUAACGGAUUCUGAGUCUGGAAUGCCUGCUAGUCUCAACAUACAGUUAGAACCUGACGUGGUGAAGUUCACAAAUCAGACAUCUUUAUUGGCUUCGAUAUCUGUCGAAUGGGAAAUGAGAUCUGGCUUUGCUUCAGAAUUCGUCGUUAAUUGUUCAAGUGGUGUUCCAGCUUCAUCUGUCGUAGACUCAGCUGAUGAUGGUUCUGGUAGAAUAGAAUGCUUUUGUAUAAAACUAGGAGUACAAGUAGAAGUAAUGGUGGUUGCUGUCGCCAACUCCAAGCAGAGUUUACCAGCAUCAAGAAUCGUUUCAACAGAUGAUCCUGUUAAUAUAACACUGAUCGAAGAUGUUACAACGAAUACAUCAGCCAUAGUUGCCAAGAUGAUGUCAAAUGCGCCACUAAAUGUUGUGUAUACAGUGCUUUGUUCAGCUGGGGAUCCGUUUCCUACAAUGUUUGAGGCUGCUAAAACGAUGAACGUAUAUUGUAUUGGUGUAGAAGCUGGACAACGUGCUAAUUUGAGUGUUGAAGCAUUUUAUAAUAACUGCACUGUAGGAUCUACGUUUAUAUCUAUUGCAACAGAACCUGAUGUGGUGAUGUUCACAAAUCAGAUAUCUUCAGCGGUUUUGAUAUAUGUGGAAUGGGAAAUGAGAUCUGGUUUUGCUUCAGAAUUUGUCGUUAAUUGUUCAAGUGGUGUUCCAGCUUCAUCAGUCGUAGACGCAGUUGAUGGUUCUAAUAGUAUGGAAUGCUCUUGUAUAAAACCAGAACUACAAGUAGUAGAGGUAACAGUGAUUGCUGUCGCGAACUCCAAGCAGAGUUUACCAACAUCAAAAUUCGUUUCAACAGAUGAACAUGUUAAUAUUUCACUGAUCGAAGAUGUUGCAACGAAUACGUCAACCAUAGUUGCCAAUAUGACGUCAAAUGCGCCAUCAAAUGUUGUGUAUGCAGUUUAUUGUUCAGCUGGUGAACCGUUUCCUGUGAUGAUUGAGGAUACUAACACGGCGACCGUACGUUGUAUUGGUGUAGAAGCUGGACAAAGUGCUAAUUUGAGUGUUGAAGCAUUGUAUGGUAACUGUUCUGUAGGAUCUGCGUUGAUAUCUAUUGCAACCGAACCUGACGUGGUGAAGUUCACAAAUCAGACAUCUUUAUUGACUUCGAUAUUUGUCGAAUGGGAAUUGAGAUCUGGCUUUGCUUCAGAAUUCGUCGUUGAUUGUUCAAGUGGUGUUCCAGCUUCAUCUGUCGCAUACUCCGCUGAUGAUGGUUCUGGUAGAAUAGAAUGCUUUUGUAUAAAACCAGGAGGACAAGUAGAAGUAACGGUGGUUGCUGUCGCCAACUCCAAGCGGAGUUUACCAGCAUCAAGAAUCGUUUCUACAGAUGAUCCUGUUAAUAUAACACUGAUCGAAGAUGUUACAACGAAUACAUCAGCCAUAGUUGCCAAGAUGAUGUCAAAUGCGCCACCAAAUAUUGUGUAUACAGCGCUUUGUUCAGCUGGGGAUCCGUUUCCUACAAUGUUUGAGGCUGCUGAAACGAUGAACGUAUAUUGUAUUGGUGUAGAAGCUGGACAACGUGCUAAUUUGAGUGUUGAAGCAUUUUAUAAUAACUGCACUGUAAGAUCUACGUUUAUAUCUAUUGCAACAGAACCUGAUGUGGUGAUGUUCACGAAUCAGACAUCUUCAGUGGCUUCGAUAUAUGUGGAAUGGGAAAUGAGAUCUGGUUUUGCUUCAGAAUUUGUCGUUAAUUGUUCUAGUGGUGUUCCAGCUUUAUCAGUCGUAGACGCAGUUGAUGGUUCUGGUAGUAUGGAAUGCUCUUGUAUAAAACCAGAACUACAAGUAGUAGAGGUAACAGUGAUUGCUGUCGCGAACUCCAAGCAGAGUUUACCAACAUCAGAAAUCGUUUCAACAGAUGAACAUGUUAAUAUUUCACUGAUCGAAGAUGUUGCAACGAAUACGUCAACCAUAGUUGCCAAUAUGACGUCAAAUGCGCCAUCAAAUGUUGUGUAUGCAGUUUAUUGUUCAGCUGGUGAACCGUUUCCUGUGAUGAUUGAGGAUACUAACACGGCGACCGUACGUUGUAUUGGUGUAGAAGCUGGACAAAGUGCUAAUUUGAGUGUUGAAGCAUUGUAUGGUAACUGUUCUGUAGGAUCUGCGUUGAUAUCUAUUUCAACCGAACACAACGUGAAGUUCACAAAUCAGACAUCUUUAUUGACUUCGAUAUUUGUCGAAUGGGAAAUGAGAUCUGGCUUUGCUUCAGAAUUCGUCGUUAAUUGUUCAAGUGGUGUUCCAGCUUCAUCUGUCGUAUACUCCGCUGAUGAUGGUUCUGGUAGAAUAGAAUGCUUUUGUAUAAAACCAGGAGUACAAGUAGAAGUAACGGUGAUUGCUGUCGCCAACUCCAAGCGGAGUUUACCAACAUCAAGGAUCGUUUCAACAGAUGAUCCUGUUAAUAUAACACUGAUCGAAGAUGUCACAACGAAUACAUCAGUCAUAGUUGCCAAUAUGACGUCAAAUGCGCCAUCAAAUGUUGUGUAUGCAGUUUAUUGUUCAGCUGGUGAACCGUUUCCUGUGAUGAUUGAGGAUACUAACACGGCGACCGUACGUUGUAUUGGUGUAGAAGCUGGACAAAGUGCUAAUUUGAGUGUUGAAGCAUUGUAUGGUAACUGUUCUGUCGGAUCUGCAUGGAUAUCUAUUUCAACCGCUCCUAUAUUGACAUCAUGUGAUGCCUUCAAGAUAGCCGGUUUUGAUAAUAAUGGUACCUAUCUGAUUGAUCCUGAUGGUCCGAACACUGGAUUGGAUCCAUUUUCGGUAGACUGUGACAUGACGUCAGACAUAAUAAAAGGUUAUACUACAAUUCACCACGACAAAGAAGAAGACGGUAAUGUAAACAAUGCAGAGGACCCGUGUAGUUUUAAAGUUAAUAUUACUUACGAUCUUGAUUUAAGUCAGAUAUAUGCUGUCAAAAAUAUUUCAUCUUCAUGCAGACAGUUUAUUAAGUAUGCAUGCAUUAACUCAAGGUUUCACUAUGACAACACAACAUAUCAUUAUUGGAUCUCAGUUGAUGGCGAAAUGAUGGUAAACUGGGGAGAUGUUCCAAUGGGAACUAAGGGAUGUGCCUGCGGUUUGACGAGUACUUGUGACAACAAUGGGACGUGGUGCAAUUGUAAUGUGAACGAUAAUGUGCUCCGUAUGGACCAGGGCUACCUUACCGAUAAAACAAAAUUACCUGUUUCGCAGCUGUGUUUUGGAGAUACAGACGAUUCUGGUGAGAGCGGCGUCUACACACUUGGACCAUUGCAAUGUGCAUAGAAUGGAUUGUUAAGCUCUGUCUACACUAUCCGAUUUUAUGUGAUAUGCCUAUAAUUAUGAUUUCAUAUAAUGAUGAUGUCAUAUUACACCCAAAUAUGUGCAUAUCACAUUAUUUUUCAAAUAAAAUUUGAUACUAUUAAAGGGAGCUUAGAAAACACAUUAAAUCACAACAGCCAUGCAGUUUGCAGGCAAAAUGUUACAAUAUUUUGUACUUAUAUAAACUGUGGAAUUAAUUUAAAAGUGGAAAUAAACAUUUAAAAUUGUAUAGUUUAUUUGAAUAGAAGUGGAAUUUUAAAAUUGUAUCACAACGCCUUUAAGUAAGUUCGUUACUAUUUGAUUGUUGAAAAUACAUUUUUAAAAAUAGGUAAAAAAUAAUCUAUGUGUAUGAUUAAAUUACAUCUGAAAUGUUAGACUAAUUAUUCCCUGUUUAAGACUGUGAAAGUCGAUGAUUUAAUUAAGACAUGACGACAUCGUUUUUAUUCUGACAUCUUAUCCUCGAUCAGGUAUUAAUUUAAUAAAAGGCUGCCGCUCGCGCUCACACACUAGCCACACUGGAAGUCAAUUCAAAGUACCGGUACGCAUUAUUGUUAACGGCAUGAACCUGUAAAACGUGGCUACAUAUUGAAGAAAUAUUUGUAAUUUUAAAUUAUAUGAAAGUGUCGUCUUACAAUAGGCAUGUAAAUACUUUUAAAUUAUCAAUAGAUUAUCCAUUAACAUGACUUAACAUUAUCUACAAAAUGCAAAUAUAUGGAAUGGGUGUGCUGAGCACGAACAGGUUUUUUUUUCCCUUUUUUUCUCUGAUGUUUUGUUUUUGUUUGACGGAUUAGAUUUUCUCUUAACUAAUGAUGCUAUCAUAAAAUGCAAAUCAACUCAUGAUGCGUCACUGAGCUGCUAUAUUUUAUGAAAUUUACGUGUUUUAUAUUGUUGUUGAAUAAAGAAAUACCGAGA